CCGGCCGGCGCCAGACACAGGGAUUGGGCAGAGGCUGCAGUGACGGACCCGUAGGCCCUACCCCGUAAAAAGAAGGGAGGAGAGAAACAGGGAAGGCGGAGGGAAGGAGGGGGGGAGAGGGAGGCGGGGUCCGGAGCUCUGCUCGUGCCCCGAGCGCGCCAGUCCCGGGGCUGCAGGGAGCGCAGCGCGCGCCGCCCGGGCCCGGGCCACCGGACGCCCUACCGGACACCACCCUCCCUGGAGCUUGGACAAGAGCCCGCCACGGACACUGCACCGGACACUGUUCCUCACAGGGCUGGACACUGCAGCGGACACUGCUUCCCAGCUCCGGACAUUGCUCCCUGGCUCCCUUCCCCCGGCCCUGGACGCUUCCCCCCUCCCCCUGCCCGGGCCCAGACAUCGGGGGCCCCCCAGCAGACUCUGGCGAUCGUCCUCUUGCACCUCGGCCCUGGACACUGCCGUCUCGCGGCCCCCUUCUCUGCCCUCCUCCUCGCACCUCGUCCCCGGCGCGUUUGGUCCGAGCACCCUCCCGUCUCACCGAUCCCCUGCUGCUCGGGCAACGCUGCCCGCGCCCCCCAUUCCCCUGCUGCUCGCCCGGAUGCCUCUCCCCGGGGGAUUGUGGUGGCUCCUCUGCUGCCGUCGAGGCUUCACUCUCCUGCACCGGGACUACGGCGACGGCGAGCUUAGCGGGGACGGGGACGAAGACGAGGACGACGAGACCUUUGAGCUGCGGACCCCGAGUCCGGCGGGCGGCGGGAGGGGUUCCCUGGACGUUACGCUGACUCAGCCAACAAGGAGUGGGCCGGUCUCAGACAGGCUGCAGAGCUGGGAAGAGACGCGGAGCCUCAUCCCAGACAAGGGACUUCCAGAGGAAGACCCAGAUGUAAUUGUGAAAGGUUGGCUGUACCGGGAGCCCCGUGGAGGAGGGGCUCGGCCAUGGCUGCUCCCCCGCCGAGCCUGGUUUGUGCUCACCAGAGAUUCCCUGGACCAGUUCAGCAGCAGCGGGAAGGGGGCAAGACGCCUUGGAAGCCUGGUCCUCACCAGCCUAUGCUCAGUGACCGGGCCAGAGCGUAGGCCCAAAGAGACCGGUCUGUGGUCAGUCACUGUGUCUGGGCGGAAGCACAGCAUCCGCCUCUGCUCCCCGCGCCAGGCAGAGGCGGAGCGGUGGGGGGUAGCCUUGCGUGAAGUGAUUGCCUCCAAGGCCCCGCUGGAGACCCCUACCCAGCUGCUGCUCAGGGACAUACAGGAGAGUUGUGGGGACCCAGAGGCCGUGGCCCUCAUCUACCGGAGGAACCCUAUUUUGAGGCACACCAGUAAUGCCCUAUAUGCCCCACUCCUGCCCCUGCCCUAUGACGUCAACGCUCCAGGUCCAGGCUAUGCACCCUUGCGAGAGGAGGCGGUGCGGCUGUUCCUGGCACUGCAGGCGCUGGAGGGGGCGCGGCGCCCCGGGCCCCUGAUGCAGGGUGUGCUCCAGACCUGCCGGGACCUGCCCGCACUCCAGGACGAGCUUUUCCUGCAGCUGGCUAAGCAGACCUCGGGUCCUGCUGGUCCCCCUGGGCUCCCUGAUACUCAGGAUCCUGCAACCCUGCGGUACUGGCAGCUCCUAACUUGCAUGAGCUGCACCUUCCGGCCUGGGGGAGCCGUCCGAGGGCAUCUCCUGGGGCAUUUGGAGAGGACAGAGCAGGCCCUCCCGGACUCAGAACUGGCAGAAUACGCACGCUUCAUCCGGAAAGCUCUGGGCCGGACUCGGGGCCGAGAGCUGGUGCCUUCGCUAGCGGAGAUCUCAGCGCUGAGCAAGCGGCAGGAGCUGUCGUGCUCUGUGCACUGUCCCGGUGCUGGGGCCUGUCCCGUGGCCAUCGACUCCCACACCACAGCGGGAGAGGUGGCUCGAGAAUUAGUGGGGAGGCUGGGUUUGGCCGGCAGCCGGAACUCCUUCGCCUUGUACGAGCAGCGAGGGGCCCAGGAGCGUGCCCUGGCCGGGGGAACCCUUGUGGCCGACGUACUCACCAGGUUUGAGAAUUUGAGUUCAGAGGAAGCUGGACUGGAGGAUUCUCCGGACUCCGGGUGGAGACUGUGUCUUCGUCUUCACGGACCUCUGCACCCAGAAGGCCUAUCCCCCGAUGGACACGAGCUGCCUUUCCUCUUCGAGCAGGCUCACGCGCUGCUGCUGCGCGGCCGGCCGCCCCCACCCGACGACACGUUGCGCGCCCUGGCGGCGCUGCGCCUGCAGAGUUUGCACCGUGACUUCUCCCCGCGGGGGGCCCUGCCGCGUCUGGAUCGCCUGCUGCCGCCCCCCGCCCCGCCUCGCGAACAACCGCCGCCUCGCCCCAUCCCUAGGCCACGGCCCUCCGCCGCCCUGCUGGCCGGGGCGCUCUGGAGCUCGAGCCUGGCCAAGAGGCGGGCGGAGCGGGCCCGGCGCGGUGGCGGCGGCGGCGGCGGGACCGGCCGCUCGACGACGACCACGACGGCGGGAAGCCCAGCCCAGGUGGGAGGAGGAGGCGGCGGCACCGGCACGACGGCCGCAGUGCUGGGCGGCUGGAAGAGGCUGCGGGGCAUGGGCCAGGCCGAGGCCAUGGCUGCCUACCUGGCUCUGGCGGCGCAGUGUCCGGGGUUCGGCGCUGCUCGGUAUGACGUUCUGGAGCUGAGCACGGAGCCUGGUGGAGGCGCUCCACAGAAGCUGUGCCUGGGUCUGGGAGCAAAGGCCAUGUCGCUCUCCAGGCCUGGUGAGACGGAACCCAUCCACAGUGUCAGCUACGGUCACGUGGCCGCCUGCCAGCUGAUAGGCCCCCACACUUUAGCGCUGAGGGUGGGUGACAGCCAGCUCCUCCUGCAGAGUCCCCAGGUGGAAGAGAUCAUGGAGCUGGUGAAUGCCUACUUGGCCAACCCCUCCCCGGAGAGGCCCUGCGGCAGCUCUGGUCCUCCAAGCCAAGGCCUGCCAGAUACCUCUCCUCCCAGCCAGGACCAAGUUCUGGAAGAGCCCCAGGGACAGUCUGGCUGCUUGGGGCAGCAGCAGGACUGAAGCCUGCCAAGAGGUCGUGACUUUUGUUUUGCCUCCAGCCUGAGCCCGGGAGUGCUCUGAGAUUUGAGGAAACCAUGGACCCUUUUUGGCCCUGCAGGGACAGGGUCCACCCACACCCCGAGGGCUGCGAUGGGUGUGGACAGUUUUCUAGUUUGUUUCUUAAUUUAUUUGUAGAAGAAAAAAAAAUCCUUAUUUACACAAA